AUGGGUAAAAGUGGUGCGGGCAAGACUUCCAUGAGAAGUAUCAUAUUUUCCAAUUAUGUUGCAAGAGACACACGACGUCUAGGAGCAACAAUCGACGUUGAACAUUCACACGUGCGAUUCUUGGGAAAUCUUACGCUCAAUUUGUGGGAUUGUGGAGGUCAAGACGCAUUCAUGGAAAAUUAUUUCGCCACCCACCGUGACCAAAUAUUUAGCAAUGUGGAAGUUUUGAUCUAUGUGUUUGAUGUAGAGUCAACCGACAAAGAUAAAGACAUGCACUACUAUCAAGAUUGUUUAGAAGCUAUUUUGGAAUACAGUAAAGACGCGAAAAUAUUCUGUUUGAUACACAAAAUGGAUCUCGUGCAGGAGGGUUCAAGGGAUAAAAUAUUCAACGACAGAUGGAACGAGUUGAAGGAAAGAAGUAAACCAUUACACAUCUCCGCAUAUGCUACGUCUAUAUGGGACGAGACAUUAUACAAGGCCUGGUCUUCAAUAGUCUAUUCCCUAAUUCCCAACGUAAUUCAGCUCGAAGAACGACUCACAAAUUUUGCUGAAAUUUGUGAAGCAGACGAAGUAGUCUUAUUCGAGCGUACUACAUUCUUGGUCAUAUCGCAUUCGAGCAACAUUGCGCAUACAGACGUUCACCGAUUUGAAAAGAUUAGCAACUAUAUCAAGCAGUUUAAAUUGAGUUGUAGCAAGUUUCAAGCUCAAUUCAAGAGUAUGGAGAUGCGGCAACCAAAUUUUGCCGCAUUUUUUGAUGUGCUAACGUCGCAUACUUAUGUAAUGGUCAUUAUGUCCGAUACGUCAAUCGAAUCGGCUGUUACGCAGACGAACAUUGCAGUAGCUCGAAAAUACUUUGACGAGUUAGAAGAUGGCCUCAUAAACUAG